AUCUGUCUCGAUUUAGAAUGAAACGGGGUUAAAUUUUAAAAAGAGGCAAGCAAUCCGGCGUACCCGAAGCAGACCGGCUAAAAUAAGCGCUACAUUCCAUUCCGAGCAAAGAAUUUGUAAAUGCCAAAAGAGAAAAAUAAUGGCAAGAGGACCUGUGCGUCGCACAACCUCCAGCUCUUUCGUUAUGUCCGCCUCAGUACAAGCACCUUGUGUCCUCUCACCUGACACCUCUAGUGUCGUCCCUCGCCAAGAACCCGCCGCCGCCGCCACUUCCAAGAGUCUCGAGGUCUCCGGCGUCGACCGAAGCAGCGGCAGCAUGAAGCGCCUGCUCAGGCGGCUCUCCCGCAUCGCCGCGGCAGACGCCUGCGCCGCCGCCGCGUACAAGCCACUCCGGCCCGACGCGGCCGCGAAGGCCUCCUCCUCCUCGUUCUUCGGCGCGCGGAGGCUCGGCCGUGGCGCACGGGUGCCGGAGGGUCACGUGCCGGUGUGCGUUGGCGAGGAGGGCGGCCCCGUCGAGCGCUUCGCCGUGCGGGCCGAGCUGCUGGGCCAGCCGGCGUUCAAGGCCCUGCUCCGGCGCGCCGCGCAGGAGUACGGCUACGGACACCCGGGCGCGCUCCGCAUCCCCUGCGCCGUCGCCAACUUCCGCCGCCUCCUCCUCGGCCUCUUCGACCCCGGCUGUCCACGUACAUAGGAUAGCACUCUUAUGAACCAAACAGAGCCUCGGUCAGUUGAACAGCGCACAUAGGAUAGUCCACGUACUCUGUGAAGAGAGUCUCGUCCAGAUAGCACUCUUCAUCACUUUCUCUCCAAGCAGGUGUCAUCGCCAUCAUUUGUCCUCGAGCAAGGGACAACUUGAAGAAUUUGUAUUGCUUCAGAACUAGUCGUCACAUUCUCUAGAAAAACAAUUAGAUUCACCGUGUCCGUCGAGUGCUGUACGUAUCAAGAUCAGCCAUUUGGGGUCGGAUAAAAGAGACGCCAUGUGCAGCGCAGCAAAAACACAACUGUAUGUACCUAUGUACGUGCAUAGGCGCCGAGUCGUGCUUGGUUUAGUUAGUUUAUUAGUUUAGUUCAA